AUCUGAUUAAUCUCAUUUUCGGGAAAAAUAUUAAACCCUAGUGUUGAGAGAGGGGGGAAGACAUGCAGCAAAGCAUCAAAACCUGGCCUACGGCAGUAAGGACUGAGCACACGCUCUACCAGGCGCCUACAGCUGACACGCCACCAACCAUCAGGCAGAAUGUCGUAUGGGUCCAUUGACGGAGGUUCUUUUGGCAGUCGCAACCCAUUUGGAGGUCCUACGAGGCAGGGCUACCAGCCAGUAGCCACACAGGUCAGCCCCUCAGAACUGCAAGAUGUGUUUCAGGAGACCUCCUCCAAUAUCUUCCAGAUCAACGCCAACGUUGUCACACUAGAGAAGAAUCUUCAAUCACUGGGAACAUCUAGAGAUACAGCAGAGCUACGACAGAGUCUACACUCCAUUCAGCAGCAAACCAACAAAGUCAUCACCAGCACAAGCCAACUCAUCAAACAGCUCUCUGAUAUAAUCAGUGGCUCUUCACGGCAAGACCGUCUGCACCUGACCAGACUAAAGACUGAACUCUCAGAGUCUGUGCAGCGCUAUGGAGAUCUGCAGAAGAAAAUUGCAGAGCGUUCAAGGGCCUUGCUCCCUCCAGCGCAAACAGACAAGAAUAAGAGUCCUCAGACCCCAUCCACUGAGCAGAUGGAGGAGGGUCCACUGUUUGGAGAAGCAGUAGGCUCCGAGGGAGGGGCUCAGGCUUUCCUGUCAGAGAUCAGUGAGGAGGACGUGGAGGCGCUUCGCCAAAGAGAGGAGGCCCUGCUACACAUUGAAAGAGACAUGCUGGACGUCAGUCAAAUCAUGAAGGAUCUGGCCAGUAUGGUCCAUGAACAAGGAGACGCCAUAGACAGCAUUGAAGAUUACAUCCAGACUACAUCAUCCAACGUUGAAUCAGCCAAUCAGGAGCUUGCAAAAGCUAACCAAUACCAGAGGCAGCUGAGGAAGAGGAAAUGCUACCUGCUGGUGGCCGGAGGCAUCGUUCUCAUCGUCCUCAUCAUCAUCAUUGCUGUUUCAGCGAGGAAAUGAGACCAGCCGGUCACUGAGGUAGCUGCUGUCAUUACCGUGUCACCGCAGCGCUCCAGCCCGGUCUGAUCCCUGACCCGAGCAGCUGGUUUCCAGUAGGAGGGAGUUGCCCUGCAACAAUGUCUCUACUCCAUCAUCCCUGCCUCUGUUUACAACUGCAUCAGCCUGGGGACAGAGGCCUUUCUCAGCUUACCAAUUUGUCCAGAGUCCCGGUCGGAGACUCUCAUGUAAUCCUUUAAUUUAUUUAUUUAUUUAUUCAUUUUUCGUUGCUGUUACUGUUAGUGUGUCUCAAUUCAGAUACUUCCGUGAGUGCACUUACAUGUAGUGUACUGUGAACACUUGUAAAGUGCAUACAUUUCGACAGGGAAGCGUUGUCUCAAAUCGCGCACAGCCGUUAAGCACUGACCGGAAAUUACUCUUCUUCUUCUUCUUCUUCUUCUUCUUCUUCUUCUUCUUCUUCAUGAUAGUCUCA